AUGUUCACUCACCACUCUCUACAACCACCACCCCUGACACCACCUCCUUCCAACGCUUACGACCCCGCUAUCAUCCGACCCACUCUCGAUCAGGAGAUAGGAUACGAGACGGCCGAUUCAGAUAGGUCAGAAACGUCGAGAAAAGUAUAUCAGUCUCGUCGCAAGUCGAGUCAGACACGGCGGCGUGAACGCUCUUGUCGGCCUGAGGGCUCCGGGAGCUCGAGCUCUGCCGACUCAACUACAUCAUUCCACAUGAUCCAAGUCGACCCUUGCGCUUUUCCGCACGCCUCGUCAUCAGCUGUGAAACUCGAUUCGAGUUACCUGCCACCACCACCCCUCGCUCAACCUUACUUUCCACCUUCAGACCAGCUCUAUCUCACCAGUCCAUUAUCCACAUUCCAGCCUGCGACCGGAUAUCACUACUCCCCCGGUAGCACCUAUCAUCAGCCUCCUAUCAUCCCGUUCUCGAGAUCUAGACCGCCGAUACCUUUCACCGCUAGCGAGGUGAUAGACCCAUUGACUGUCGGAGAACACUCCACACCUGGUCUCGACAGUGACCACACAGAUAGUGUGGUCCUACCACCUAGGAGAAUCAUGGACAUGAACAUGGCUCCUCCAGGGAGCGAAGCUGCUCAACCGGGUUUCCACACGCCGCUGGCUGCGUAUGCAGCUCAAACUGUCACCUGGCUAUGGUUCGGUGAACCUUCUCUCUCCACCGUCGACCCCAAAUUCAAUUACUCCCCUCUCAUGUCCUCCCCGAACCCUUUCGACCCUAGCUCAUCAUCGUCCACUCCGCUCAACCCACAUCAGAUCACGCCGUCACCACAGUUCGCUGAUUUCGUCUCCAAGAUGCUCAGGAUCACCAUGGUCUCACAUAGCGUCACGCUGAUCGCUUUACUGUAUAUCCAUCGAUUGAAGCAGCGCAAUCCGAUACAUGCUGAGCCUGGUAGUGAGCAGAGACCAUUCAUCGCGAGUCUCAUCCUUGGCAACAAGUAUCUCGACGAUAACACUUACACCAAUCAAACGUGGUCAGAACUUGCCGGAUUGCCACUGGCCGAGAUCAAUCGUAUGGAGGCGGAAUUUCUACGCGGUCUCGACUACAAGCUCGGAGUCCAAGUGGAAGAAUACAACCAAUGGCGCGUCCUCCUCGACGGGUUCAUCCUCGCUCGUCAACGCGAAGCUGCAGAUAUCGCCUCUUCAGCGUACCACUCACACAGUUCGAACUACCCACACUUGCGAUCCGGCAGGCCAUCGAUGCAUGUCUCACCGCAGAUCUUGCAGACUCCACCGCCAGCCUUGCCCGUGACAGCUACUGGGCUUCAACCAUCCUAUUUUGUCCCUGCCCGAGCUCGUGCCCGGUCCACUUCACCUCAAGCUUGGUCACCGCCAUCGCAGCCCGCUCCUCAAUUCUUCCCUCCAUCACCUGUCCUGACCCGAAAGCGCAGCGCCGUCGAUGCUUUCGCCACGGACAUCACCCAAUCUGGUAUAUACGAGUCUCUUCGGCAAUUACCUCGAAGAACGGGCCGUACAGGGUUCCAGAACGGUGCUAUGGCGCAAGAACGAACUGCUGGCCCCAGCCGACAAAACAGUGGUUCUCUCGGAAGAUCUAGUUCACUCAAUCGUCGUAUCGCUCGACUACCAGAUUCCGGUCGAAGAGGAUCGUUCGGGCAUGCGUACUCUACUUCAGCGGGAGAACUGGACAACGCCUCAUCGAUGGAAUCUAGCUCAACGGCGACACCCUACGAGAUCACGCCGCAUUCUAUCAGCGCAUACGGGACGCCUGGUCACAUGAGUGCUCACGCUUCAUCUGCGAUGGUGCCUGUGACGCCAUCCUUCUAUGGACCAACACCAGGACAUUACACGGCUCCAGCCUCUGGUAGAGCCACCCCAGAAUCUGAUCUCCGACACGCAGCUACCAUCAGUCAGGCCACACGUCAAGCUCACGCCGCAUGGCAAGCUCAGCAACAGCAGCAGCAGCAGCAGCAGCAGCAGCAACAACAAGCUCAGCUAUCAUUACCGUCUGCUGUGACUGGAGAUGGACUUUAUACUGAAGAUGGCUGGGACUCGCUCGUCGCUCCUUACCAACGUAUGCAGGGAGCUUUGGUCCCGCCUGAACACCUCAUGUUCUAUACACUGGCGGCUGAGGCUCACCCUGGACCCGAUGGGGCUCCGCGGAAGGCUAUCCUGAGGUAUCAACAACCUCCGGUCUUCUCUGGUUACGGCUACUCUCAAGCACCGGCAUCUUUUUCGACUUAUUCCUUCGAGGGUUAUGAACCAGCUCGAGACGCUUACGGUCGAUUAAAUCCCACUAUCGCUUACACUGUCCCAUAUGUCUUUCCACCCGUUGAUCCUCGAUCGCAGCCUUUGGAAUAUGUUCCUUCGGUACAUCCAAGUCAAGUGAUGCACUAUGCUGUCCAGCCUCAGCCGGCUCAAUUUGCCAAUGCCGGUCCGCCGGGAUACACAUAUGACUCGACGACGACCCAUCAUCGUCCAUUCGCGUCGCAAUCAAGCGUAGGAUUGGGUUUCAACUUUGGCGCUCAUGGAUCAGCUUCAAGUUCCACAACGCCGUACGACAUGGCAGCUGUGCAACGCCCACAGGUGUUCUCCAGUCACGUCGCCCCUGGAGGAGACGAAAUGCAAGGUGUGGAAACUUGGCAAAGUCGAUUGAAUAGAGGCAGUGGAGAUUGGAAUACACGCAGUGAAUGGAGUAGCCCGAUGCCUGGAACAGGUAUGGAUUGGCACUGA